CUGAAAAAUCAAAAAUAUAUAUCUUUCAAAGACGAAUCCAUGGACGAAUCCGUCGCCAAAGGGAUGGAAUUGAUGGGUCGUGAUGAUGGAGAUAUUCGGAAAAGGAGCGUUGCUUUCAUGGAGAUUCAGGGAGACGAAGGCACAGGACAGAAGGUGUUGGAACUAAAUGGAAGUGACGUGGGAGGGUGGAAUGUAGUUGUUGAUGCUUUGCCUAAUCAGGGACCAGACAGUGCUUUUUGCCCAAAAGCUGCUGCUUUUAGAGCUCAAUCCAAACGAAAAAACCAAAGCACCACUUUUUUUGUUUCUGGAUUUGACACUUCGCUUCCCGAGGCUUAUAUCGAGAGCUCUUUGAGCAAGUGUUUCUCUUCAUGUGGAGAGAUCACUGGUAUUUCUCUCUGCAGAGGAGUUGGCGGUGUUCUCAAAAGCUCUGCUUUCAUUUAUAUUUUGGGAGAAGGCGCAUCAGAGAAGGCGCUGAAACUUAAUGGAAGCGACGCUGGAGGAUGGAAAGUAUCUGUUGUGGUUUUAAGGUUACCGCAAAAUACCAAUGCUGUUAUGAAUAAAAGACGCUGCUUUGGGAUUUCAGUUACGGGAUAUGACACUUCCCUUCCUGAGGAUGAUCUCAAGAGUGCCUUGAGUAAACAUUUCCGUUCAUGUGGAGAGGUCAUGGAUAUUUCUAUUAGCAGGAGUGACAGCAAAGCUUUAAUUUAUAUUAUGGGAGAAGGCGCAGGAGAGAAGGCGCUGGAACUUAGUGGAAGUUACAUGGAAGGAUGCAACGUAGUUGCCAAGGUUGAUUCUGUACCGGAUAAGAGCAUUGGCUACCGCCGUUUCUUACAAGGCUGCCCAGAUAUGAAGAAGGCUAAGAUGACUACGGAGUAGAAAGCUCUCUCUAUAGAAGAAGAAGAGAAGAACAUAUUCGAGACCCAAAAUAUAUAAAUGUGGGUAUAGUCUAGGCCAAAAAUAUAUUCCCGUUUCGUUACAACGACUAGUGAGUGGUAUGCCGAUCUAUUCUAUCCCGUCCAACGACUAAUAUAGACUUAUAGAGUAUCCCUUUCAGUUCAGCAUGUAUUAUGUAUCUGUACGUAUUUGACAAAA